AUGCCUUUCGGGUUAAAGAACGCAGGGGCGACAUACCAACGGCCAGUUGACUCGAUAUUCGCCAAGCAAAUUGGAAGGAAUAUUGAGGUAUAUGUAGAUGAUAUGGUGAUCAAGAGCCCAAAUGAAGAAAAAAUACUGCAAGACAUUGAAGAGACUUUCAAAACGUUAGAGGUAACCAAGAUGAAACUAAACCCAACCAAAUGCACGUUUGGAGUGGAAGAGGGGCAAUUCUUGGGUUACUAUGUUACUAGACAAGGCGUCCAGCCCAGCCCGACCAAGGUCGACGAGUUCAUCGAGACGCCAACCCCAAACUCUCUUAGAGAUGCACAAGGUCUAAAUGGGAAGCUCACAGCUCUAAGUAGGUUCAUCUCAAAAUCUGCCGACAAGGCUAUGCCACUGUUCCACACCUUAAAGGGAUGCAUCGAGAAAAACAAUUUCCAAUGGACAAAUGAAGCUGAGAAGGUGCUCCAGAGAAUCAAGGAGGCACUGCACAAGCUGCCAACCCUGGUAACCCCCAUCCCGGGAGAAACAUUACAAGUGUAUCUAUCGACAUCAGGUGAAGCGAUAUCAUCGGCACAUCAAAUCGAGGUACUCACAAGCUACCCCAUUAAACAGAUCUUGUUGAAGCCGGAGACGUCGGGUCGGCUGGCCAAGUGGGCAAUUGAACUAGGAGAGCACGACAUAAACUACCGCCCAAGAACAAGUAUCAAAGGGCAGGCGUUGGCUGAUUUCUUACUAGAAAUUCCCGACGGAGGGAAUCCGGCGAAAGAAAAGGUGUGGGUAGUUGAAGAGGCCCCUACCGGCGAUGGUUCAUGGACCCUGUACACGGAUGGAGCGUCCAGCAGGGAGGGCUCAUGGGUGGGUCUGAUCCUGACUAGUCCAGAAGGAGAAGAGGUAACCUACGCCCUCCGUUUCGACUUCCAUACAUCAAACAACGAGGCGGAGUAUGAGGCACUGCUUGCAGGAUUGCGACUCGCCAAACAGAUGGGUGCGAAAGCUAUAACAGCGCUAACCGAGUCAAGGUUAGCAGCGAACCAAGUAAAUGGGAGUUUUGAGGUAAGAGACCAAAGAAUGAGAAGGUAUGUAAAGAUGGUAAAGCAACUGGUAGGAUCAUUCGGCCAAUUUACUAUCAAGCAGAUACCCAGAAGUGAGAAUAAGAGGGCGGACGCUUUGAGCAAGCUAGCGUCCACUUGUUUCGACCACCUGUCAAAGAAAGUUUUAGUGGAGGUGCUCCGGGAGAGAAGCAUUGAUAAACAGCAGGUGAACAUCCUGACCCCCGCAGGACCCACAUGGAUGACGCCGUUCCGGGAAUACCUCUAG